AUGUGCCACGACGAAAAAAACCCAAACGUGCGUGUUCAAGCCAGGCGCUGUGCUUCACUGCCACAAAAAUUUGGUUUUCCAACUCCUUCUGGUGUGUUAAAUCCGUUUAUUUAUCUUUUUUCAGGUUUCUUUGGUAAUAUGGAUAUGUUAGAUCAGAUUAAAAAAACGUUUAGUGAAAGACGAAAAAAAGGUGAUGAAAGCAAGCAAGGACCAUUGAAAGGGACUCACGAUGGCAAACGGAGGAGUUCAACAGCGGCCGGACCAUUUGGCAAAUCUCGGUUGCAGUCAUCAGGAUCACAAAGAUCCAACAGAUCUGGCUUAAAACGCAUGAAGCUUUGGAUUUUAAAAAAAUGUUGUACAUCUGUAUCAUUAGAAGAAUCAGACGAAACCAUUGAGUUAUCAAUUAUUCCUCGCUUGACACCAUCUGUUCCAGUACAAGUAUCUUCUAUAACUACGACCGUGCUACCAAUCGCUAGUGAUCAAGCAUUCAAAGGAUCAAUGAUUACGACCAGAUUUCGUUCAAGUUCUACAUUGCGAUAUGAUUGGUGUAAUUCAUUUACAUCAAUUGCUGCUCCAUUAGCCUCUUCUGAAACAAUUAAUAUCGAUCGCAGUAUAAGAGACCUUGCAGCAUCAUCGCCAUUUCAAACUACAAUGAAAAAUGCUUUAUACACUCCUCAAAGAAUGCACAAGAAGUCUCGAUCUCAGUCUAACACAAAUGUGAAAGCUGAACAUGGCGCAUCGACGAUAACGUCUCAUAGUCAAAUGAUACCGCAAUCAACUCAUUCGCCUAGCAGGCCAAUUCCAAAACCUCGUUCGCGAAAUCUUACUUGCUCGUCAACCUUAAUCAAUAAGAUCAACAGCGAUGAGACGAGCAAAGCAAGUUUAAGCGAUAUUCCUCGUUUGUCAUACAAACGAAUGAAAACUACUAAUGUAUCAUCUGAAAACAAUCAUGCUCGUUGUAGAUCUCAGGAAGAGAUUGUCGCGGAUUCAACUCCAGAGUUCUUAGAUCUCACCGUGAUGCCGAUUUGUUGUGAAAAGAAAACCAUAGAACACACCACUGAAAGAAAGCAAAAUGACGGAAAAGCUACUUUUUCUUCUCUGAAAUCAACCUCUUCUGAAGGCAUAUUUUUCCAACCGACUGAGGUUCAACGCGGGUACUGUGGUUUACAGAACAUUGGAAAUACCUGUUACAUGAGCAGCGCACUUCAGUGUUUGAGCAAUGUUCCUGAUUUAACCGAAUACAUUUUGAAAAAUGGUCUGGCUAGCAUUAUUAAUACUACUAAUGACUUUGGCACACAGGGAAAACUGGCAAUGGCCUAUAACGACUUAAUUAAAGAAAUGUGGUCUGGCAAAAAUAAGGUUACCCAAGGAAAUAUUGUCAAACGAUAUGUAAGCGAAUUAUCGCCGCGAUUUGCUGGUUAUAGUCAGCAAGAUUCACACGAAUUUCUCAACGUGUUAUUAGGUAUUCUUCACGAAGAUUUGAAAGAAGAAUCCGAAACAAUUGACUAUGAAAAAUCUCUUAUUGCGGAUAUUUUUCACGGAAAGUUACGAUCAACCGUUACAUGCACAUGUGGAGAACCCGUAGUAACGUUUGAUUCAACCAGUUUUCUUGCUUUGCCAAUCCCCGAUAUACCAACGAAAUGUCCUCUUCAGAAUUAUCCGAGCAACUCUAAGAAACGGACAGCAACUCUGAUUGAUUGUUUAAAUGCAUUUUUCAAGACAGAGAAACUCAGCGAAAAUGGGCAAUGGUUUUGUAAUAAAUGUGAACGUUUGAUGAAUGCCGAGCGACAACUCGAUUUAUGGACGCCACCUAAAGUACUCAUUUUACAACUCAAACGAUUUACAUAUGAUAUUUCAGACAACACAAAAAUUCAAACUCUUGUUGAGUUCCCCGUGAAUACUCCACUUGAUCUUAGAUCGUUUAUUAGUGAUCCCAACUAUAAAGAUAACACUCUUUACGAUCUAGUGGCAAUUUCCAGUCAUACUGGUAGCCUCACUGGAGGACAUUACACUGCUUAUGCGAGAAAUUUUUUAACAAAAAAAUGGGUCCAUUUCGACGAUGCAGCUAUCACUGAAGCAGAUGAGAAGUUGCUUCAGUCACCAAAUGCUUAUAUUCUUAUUUACCGUCGACAGGAACCAAACUGA